CUGGACAGCAGCCUAGGACUGAGCCAAACGUUCGAAAUUUCGAGGAUCGAAUUUAUCGAGCGCUUGAACACCCGAAACAUCCUGCUUGGCUAGUGGACCGUUCUCGGGAAGUUCCCGCCAGCUGAGACCUCCUGUUGCUACGAUUGUGGCGGACUCAUUGCGGAACUCAUCAUGUCUGAGUACUGGGUCGCGACCCCCAAACGAUACUGUGAUUUUUGCAAGUGCUAUAUCAGCGAUGACAAGACCGUUGUGCAGGUUCAUGAACAGGGAAAAAGGCACAAGGAGAAUGUUGCGAAGCGAUUGGCAGACACAGCCAAGAAAGGCUCGAAGAUGCACGCCGAGCGAACUGCCUACGACGAGCAGAUGGCUGCGAUCGAACGGGCAGCCCUCAAAGCGAUCGCGAAGGACGGAUCGGCGAUUGGGCUUCAAGACCAGCGCGAGUACGGCCGGAUCAUGAAGCGUCAAGACGAAGAACGAGCUCUAGCCCAGCUGAAUCAGCCCGAAUCCUCUGAGAGCUCGUAUGCAGAAGUGAAUCCAUACGCGAAUAUAAAAACACCGGAUGAAACUAAAGGUGUCGCCGGUGGUUGGGUCACCGUUUCCGUCAGAGAAGUCCCGCUCAAGGAAGAGAAAACAGAAGCGGAAGGAGUCGACCUGAAGCCCGAUGUAGAAGAUAUUCCUCUGCCUCCUCCGGUCAAGGUGAAGAAGAGCAGAUUCGGUGUGAAAGAAGUCACCCUUGAUGAGGGUGAGAGCUCCGUUGACGUCAAGGACUCUGACGUCAAGAAAGCUUUUGGGAGCUUCAAACGGAAAGCGAACCGCGGCAACAUGCGACAACGCACUGACGAUUGACUUGAAGACUGUUGAGACUUUCAACAGGGUACCCUGAUUAUGUUCGAGUCGAGACGUGAUUCUAGGAACAAGAAGAUUAACUGUAAACUGACGGACACUGUAAAUUAGACUCAGGUUGUGCCAAUGUACAAAUGUGAAAAGAAACCUAGAAUCCUGUGGAGAAAUCAUCCGAUACCACUCACUA